UACUUUAAAAAAAGUAUAUAUUCCCUCUCUUUCCAUCGCGCUGCCGGAGACAGACCGGAGAGACUGAGCUCAUUAGCUACACUUAUCCGUUGAAGUUCAUCGAUGGCGGAGCCUCAUAAGCAGGAAGAGCAUUUCGACGUCCUAACCAAAACUGGAGAGAAGACUGGACUUUCCAAAUCCAGGGGCGAUGUUCAUAGAGAUGGGGACUACCAUCGGGCUGUUCAUGUGUGGAUUUUUGCUGAAAGUACACAAGAAUUACUUCUCCAACUACGUGCUGACUGCAAGGAUUCAUGGGCUGGGUUGUGGGAUAUAUCCAGUGCCGGUCACAUAUCUGCUGGUGAUUCAUCACUUGAGACUGCUAGGAGGGAGCUUCAAGAAGAGCUUGGCGUCAUUCUUCCAAAGGAUGCAUUUGAAUUGAUAUUUAUUUUUCUCCAUGAGACCAGCACAAAUGGUGGACAAUUCAUCAAUAAUGAAUUUGAGGACGUGUAUUUGGUAACAACAUUGGAUCCAAUCCCUUUGGAGGCUUUUACUCUUCAGGAAUCAGAAGUGUCUGCUGUUAAAUAUAUACAUUAUUUGGAGUAUAAGAACUUACUUGCAAAUGAAGAUCCUGAGUAUGUCCCAUAUGAUGUAAAUGCACAACAAUAUGGUCAACUUUUUGACAUAAUUGCACGAAGGUACAAAGUUGACAACGUGGCACGGAGUUUGAGUCUACAAAAGCAAUUGCAACGCUAUGCUUCUGUUUCACUUAAUGUUGAGUUGACAGGGCUUUCAGAUGCAGAUAAAGGGGCUCUGGAUUUACUAAUCAAGGCUGCGGCCAUUAUGGAUGAAAUAUUCAACCUGCAGGUUUGGUACAGUAAUCCAUAUUUAAGAGACUGGUUGGAGAAGCAUGCUGCAGCAUCACAGUUAGAUAAACUGAAGUGGGCCUAUUAUCUGAUUAAUAAGACUCCAUGGUCUUGCCUUGAUGAAAAUGAGGCAUAUUUGACUACUGCAGAUUCGGCAAUAAAGUUGCUUCCUGAAGCCACUAGGCGAGUUAGUGGGUGGAAGGGCCUGGAAUACAAAGCAGCAUUUCCAUCUCAAAAACCUCCUGGUGCAAAUUUCUACCCUCCUGACAUGGACAAGAUGGAAUUCACACAAUGGAAGGACAGUCUACCGGAGGACCAACAAAACAUUGUUGCAGGAUUCUUCAGCGUCAUUAAAAGACAUAGUGAAUCUAAUUCAGACAGUAGUAGUCCUGGUAGCAUAAACCAUUUGGAGGGUCCUAAAUAUGAUUUGUAUAAUGUACCUUUUUCCCAAGAAUAUAAUUCUUUUCUAUCAAAAGCUGCUGAGUUAUUACGUAAAGCAGGAGAUAGAACUAGCUCUCCCAGUUUGCGGAGAUUACUGCAUAGCAAGGCCGAUGCGUUCCUCUCAAAUGAUUACUAUGAAUCCGAUAUUGCAUGGAUGGAAUUGGACUCUAAGUUGGAUGUUACCAUUGGUCCAUACGAGACCUAUGAAGAUACACUUUUUGGGUAUAAGGCUACGUUUGAAGCUUUCAUUGGAAUUCGGGAUGAUAAAGGAACAGCUCAAGUAAAAUUUUUUGGUGACAAUUUGCAGGUCUUGGAACAGAAUCUUCCUAUGGACGAUGCAUACAAAUCAAAAGAUGUUAGUGCUGCUCCCAUUCGUGUUGUUCAGCUUCUCUACAAUGCUGGGGAUGUGAAGGGUCCUCAGACUGUUGCUUUCAAUUUGCCUAAUGAUGAGCGAAUCGUAAAAGACCGAGGAACAUCAAUGGUCAUGCUUAAGAAUGUCUCAGAGGCCAAGUUCAAGCAUAUUCUUCAGCCUAUUGCUGAUGUUUGCAUUACAAAUGAACAACGUGAAUUUGUGGAUUUCGAUUCAUUCUUUACUCACACAAUUUGCCAUGAGUGUUGCCACGGCAUUGGACCUCAUAGCAUAACACUUCCAAACGGUAAAAAAUCAACCGUGAGAUUGGAACUACAAGAACUCCACUCAGCUCUGGAGGAGGCAAAAGCUGACAUUGUAGGCCUUUGGGCUCUAAGGUUCCUUACCCUCCAGGGCCUGCUACCAGGAGCAUCAUUGAAGUCCGUGUAUGCUACUUUCCUUGUAGGAUGCUUCCGGUCAGUACGAUUCGGCUUAUUAGAGGCUCAUGGAAAAGGACAGGCAUUGCAGUUCAAUUGGCUAUAUGAGAAAGAAGCCUUCGUUUUAAAUCCAGAUGAAACUUUUUCUGUUAAUUUUGACAAGGUGGAAGAUGCAGUUGAAAGCCUAAGUAGGGAGAUACUAACCAUUCAGGCAAGAGGCGACAAGGAGUCAGCAAAAUUGCUUCUUCAGAAAUACGGUGUCAUGUCGGAACCAUUGAAAUUAGCAUUGCACAAUUUAGAACAAAUCCAGGUACCUGUGGAUAUAGCUCCUGAAUUUCCAGUUGCCAACGGAAUAUUGGGAAAGAAGCAAUUUUGAAAUGAGUAUGAUGAUGGAUUGAUAUCACAAGGCAAUUGGAAUAUUAUUAUCGCUUGGUGUGCAAUAAUAACUUGGCUGUAUCUUCCUUCCAUCGUUGAGGAGUUAUUUAAGAACAUGCAUUAAUAAUUUUUCAUUUACCCAUCCCAUGGCUGUAUUUAUUAGUAGUAUAUACUUCUAUACACACUCCUGUUUAGUAUUUAACAUGAGAUUUAAUGAUAUAUUAUUACUAGGGAAUUCACACA